AUGAAGACGUCCACCUUCUUGGCGGCCGUCUCGGUCCUCGCCGGCACCGCUGCCGCCGAGUCCAUGGCCCGUCUGAGGGAGCUCAAGAUCGAUACCUGGGCGCGCCAGAACGAGGUCGGCGCUUUCGACGUCGACCGCUACCAGGCCACGGCUGCCACCUCGUGUGUUAACGGGUAUGCGGGCGAGUAUCAGUGCAGCAACGUCGACUUGAAGGGGUUCCUCCGUCAUCAGGACAUGGGAUCGUCGACGAGGAAGGGCAAUGACAUCUGGGGCUGGACCGCCCCCAAUGGCCGUGAAUUCGCCACGGUCGGCCAAACCGACGGCACCGCCUUCGUCGAGAUUCUUUCCGAUGGUUCUCUCGUUUACCUCGGCCGCCUACCCACCCAAACCACCUCCUCCUCGUGGCGCGACAUGAAGGUCAUCGGCAACCACGUCUACAUCGGCUCCGAGGCCUCCAACCACGGCCUGCAAGUCUUUGACCUCACCAAGCUGCUGACCAUCUCCCCCUCCUCUCCCAAGGUCUUCUCCACCUCGACUGACCUGACCGCCAUCUACAAGGGCUUCGGGUCCUCGCACAACAUCGUCGCGCACGAGGAGACCAAGAUGAUCUACGCCGUCGGCACCGCCACUUCCGCCGGUUGCAAGGGCGGUCUCUUCAUGGUAAACGUGACCAACCCCGCCUCGCCCGUCAAAGCCGGCUGCUUGUCUUCGGGCGGCUACGUCCACGACGCGCAGUGCGUUAUCUACAAGGGCCCCGACACCCGUUACACCAACAAAGAAAUCUGCUUCAACUUCAACGAGGACACGCUCGACAUCGUCGACGUAACCAGCAAGUCCUCCCCCAAGACGCUGUCCUCCAAGACCUACACGGGCGCAAGCUACACCCACCAAGGCUGGCUCGUCGACAGCUCCAUGAAGUACCUCUUGCUCGACGACGAGCUGGACGAGGUCAACGGCGCUGGCAAGGCCGCCAACAAGCGCACGACUACUUACAUCGUCGACAUCACCAGUCUCACCGCGCCUGUGUUUACGGGAACUUACCAGAGUCCUGCUAUCUCGAUCGAUCACAACCAGUAUGUUGUCGACGGGCUUAGUUACCAGAGCAACUAUGGUUCGGGACUGCGUGUUGUUGAUGUGUCUAGCAUUCCUUCCAAGCCGGAUGGGUCGGGCAUGAAGCAGGUGGGAUACUUUGAUUGUUAUCCGGAGGAUGACAAGCUUGGUGGCCAGGCCGAGUUUACGGGGUCUUGUUUGAAGUAUACUGGGAAGUAA